AUGGAAGAAGUGACGGAGAGAGAAGACAAUUCUGAUAAAAUAAAGAAGAAGAAAAAAAAAAAAAAAAAAAAAGUAAAAAUUUGUGAAGCCAUUACGUGUAAAAGGAGCCAGGGGGGGGGUGAUACUGCCCAGGGAAAGGCUGCAGAAAAGUCUGCAGCAAAGUCGGCUAGGAGGAAUGAAGCCAAGACGGUGGGGACGGCCGCGGAAAAGCGCCCAAAGGUUCGGCACGCGGGGUUAGGCGAGUCGAAGGAAAGGAGGGCGAAGGGGGUUAAAGUGAAAGAAGUCAAGGUGAAGGAGGUCAAAGUGAAAGAGGUCAAAGUGAAAGAGGUCAAAGUGAAACAUGUCAACGUGAAAGAGGUCAACGCGAAAGAGGCCAAUGCGAAAGAGGCCAAUGCGAAAGAGACCAAUACGAAAGAGAUCAAUACGAAAGAGACGCAACUGAAAAGGGUGCACACAAAAGGUGAUCGCCCCGAAAGUGAUCCCCCCGAAGGGGAUCGACCCGGGGGGGAGGACCCACAAAAUGCGCAGCAAAAGAGAACGGGGGGCGGGUCUACCCUUAAGAAGGUGGCGGAGCAGUCGGACUCCGCUUUGGGGGAGGAGCCUCUUGGGGGCGGUCCAGGGGCUAUUCCAUCGGUGAAGCGCAAGGGGGGUAGCAGCCGGGGAGAUGCCUCCAAACGGGGGAGCAGCGGGGGAGAUGCUUCCAAACGGGGCAGCAGCCAGGGAGAUGCCUCCAAACGGGGCAGCAGCGGGGGAGAUGCUUCCAAACGGGGCAGCAGCCAGGGAGAUGCCUCCAAACGGGGCAGCAGCGGGGGAAAUACUUCCAAACGGGGGGGCAGCCGGGGAAAUGCCUCCAAACGGGACGCAAAAACAGAGGCGCACAAAAAUGAGAGGUGCGAAGGAACUCCGCGGAGAAGCCACAAGAGGGAAAGAAAUCCCCCGGUGCGUGGGAUGAUAGACGGGCCGAGGAACCCACCCGCGCUCUCCUGCUCAGAAUCAUCCACACUGUCGCUGGCCUCAGGCGCGACGGAAAAUUCGAGCCUGUACUGGGAGGAUAUCCCCUACGGGGGGGGGGACAGCCUCAUUGAAGUAUUCAUAGGAGAAGCAAAGCUAGACAGUCACCAGACGAAGUGCUCCCACUACGAACAGGCAUUCUGUGUAUCCUAUUUUGUGUAUGAAGACCCCCUAGAAAUUUUCAGCCUAUUUCAGGGGGUAAGUUGGCUGCCCGAACUGAGAAACAGAUGUACCUCCCUCAACAGAAUUGAGUUUAAGCCGAAGAGGAACAUCAAACGGAGUUGCUCCUCCGCAUAUUUAAAUUUCCAACAGAGUGUGCAUCUAAGGAGGAGACACAAUGAGGUCCUAAACAUUGUGGAUGAUGGGAUUGCCUACGUUUUUAUUUCCAUCGUUGGGGUCAAUUUGAAGGAGUACGAGCAGUUCUACGAGGGGAAAUAUGGCACCAUGAAGGGAGGAACAGCCUACGCUGGCACCCCCCACAUUAGCAGCGCUGCCGUGAAGCCGCUAAUCCGACCUGCUCCCCACUGGGGGGUACCCCCCAACAUGGGUGAAGAAUACCAAAGGGGGGCCGAGGAUGUCCCGUUUGGGAAAAACCUCGUGGAGAGUUUCAAAAAAGAAGUGGAGUUAGAGAUGGACCUCAUGGGGGAGAAAAAAAUUAUAACAGAGAGGGAUCACCAAAAGUUUCUUCACAUCUUAGGCUCCUCCAUUGUUCCUAUUAAGGUGUGUAACGGAGAAGCGAAGGGGGUCCAUACCCUAUGCACGAGGGAUAGCUACCAUGUGUACCCUCAUGAAGUCAUUCGAGCUGUAUUGUAUAACUACCUAGAUCUGUUUAGAAAAAACAAAAAGGCAAAUUUGUUCCACCUGAUUAGCAAGCACGAACAGGAGUUGUCUCCAGUGGGUCGUCUGAAUCUUCAGAGCAGAGAGGUGAAAAGGGAAGUGCCACCCCAUAAGGAGAUCCCAUACGAAGAGGAUCUACUUCACAACCUGAGCAGUGGAAAAAGUGACGCGUAUAACAUUGCAAAGGAAAUUUUCAAAUACAUUACAAUAAGCAGAACGGGUAGUAGAAGGCAAGAGAAAGACAGCUUCGUCAAAAAAAUAAAAAAUUUAUGCUCCUACUUAGAUGUAGAAUUAAAUAAAAGAGACUCGAAAUUGAUGAACCGAUCCUUCUCCUUCCUUGAAAAGUGCCUACACAAAAUGGAUGAAAUAAAGGGGCAGGAAAAAUUUAUGAAAAAAAUUAGGAAAAAUUUUUUUAAAAUGUUGGGACUAUCAAAGAGGAGAUUCCCAAACGGUUUCUCUCCAUCCAGGUGGGGAACUCCAGAAGUGCCUUGCUCUCACCUGAUCGUCUACGUUCACUGUGUGGCCAACAUCACUCUUAAGUGGAGCUCGCUAAAACGUUUUAUUGAUGGGGACCUCUUCCAGGGGGUCAUAUUUUGGGAGGAAGAGGGGGACAGUCUGCACAAUCUUCAAAAUGUAAAGGACAGAAAGAGGAGGACCAUCAAAUUGGCUUCGCACAAUGGGAUCCAGGCUGACUACUACUUCGCCACGGAAUGUGGGGGGAGGGAAAAACAGGACGUCGUUUGUUUGAAGCUUAAUUUCAACAGCCCCGUCAUCCUGCCGUACAACUACAACGCGCCUUCUUGCCGGCUCAGCUUCGUCCUUCUGCACGACGGCGCCCCGCUGCUUCGCUUGGGAGGGAGCGACGGCAGCGGCGUGAGCGGCGGUAGCGACGGCGGAGAGGACAGCCGCCACCACAACUGCUACGCCAUAAAUGAUAACGUCCCGUUUAACGAGGGGGACAAGGUCAAGAGGAGCCUCCAAACCCACGCGCAGUAUCUGAAAGAGAAGGGACUCGACCCAUUCACAGAAAAGUCCAGACCCUUUGUUGAACUCUCAUUCUACACACACCCCAAGAACGGCACAUUCUUUUCUGCACCUAAGUAUAGACUGCUUUAUAAAAAUCAAAUGAAGAGCAACUUGGGGGAAAACACUACUCUCUCCUCUUACGCAGCUCCCAAUUUUGGAAGGGACCAACUGGUCUUUCACUUUUUCGACGACUUUGCGGAUGACCUACGUGUGGGGAGGGCAAACCGGCGGAGUCCUUUUAAGAGUCACUUCUUCGUGCCCAUUGUGGGGGGGGAAGUGCGCGGGGGGUCUCCAGAGGGGAGGCGCGCCGACGCUCCGCUGAGCGGUGCCCAAUUGAGGGGUGUCCAAUUGAGCGGUAUCCAAUUGAGGGAUGCCCCUCCGAGGGAUUUCCAAUCGCGUGACACCCCCAACCAGGUGGUCCACUUCGCCGUGGCGGAGGGAGCGGGCCUCCGGGGGGGGGAAAUAAACACGUGGCACUCCUUCCACGUACACACGAAAAAUUGCAGAAAUAGGAAGGUAUACGGAGGAAGGCACGUCCAAAUUAGGAUUCAAAUUGAGCCGCUCGGCUACCCCCAAUUGGAGUAUGCGGCCGACCUUUGCAGAAACGCAGAGGUGAGUAAGAGCACCUUGAGUGGCUCUUCACCUGAGAAGGGGCUGAUGGGCCCUGGUCAGUCGGGUCACUCUGGCCACUCUGGUCCGUCUGGCCAUUCGGGUCAUUCCGGUCAGUAUGGCCCCUCUGGCCAGUUCUGCUUUAACUCCUUCAGUGGGAUUCACGAGCUGGUCGAUUACUCCGUGGAGGACUUAAAGAACGGCUCUUACCAGGUGACGUACCAGGUGCAUCAGGUGGGAAGGAAGCUGCUCUACAUCUUCUGCGACGGGAUCGACGUGGUUGGCUCUCCAUACGAAAUAAAGGCCACCCCUUCCGGCGCGGAUCCCAAGUUGUGCAAAAUUUUGGGCAAGGGGGCCACCCAGUGUCUGGCCACCCCCGUUCUGGACCUGCGCAGUGGGCCCUGGGGGGGGAAGCGGCAGCGGGGGGGGGGCAAUAUGGUCGUUAACCAGGGCCAUAACGAGGGCCAUAACCAGAGCGUUAAGGAGGGCCUAGCGCCAAGUGGGGGGAACCUUGACGGGGCUGCCCCAGCGGCACACCCAGGGGGAAAUCCAGUGGAAGACGGCCCAUCUGAAGCCCGCCCGGGGGAGACUCCCCCCAUUUGCACCGCGUCCGCGACCGCUUCCGCGACCGCUCCCACCGCCACCCCCCAUGGCGAACACGAACUGCACAUCAUCGCCGUAACGAAGCGGGAGGAGGGCCAAACGGAAGGGGUGUCAACUGAGUGUGCGCGGGAAGAAGCGCUAGGCAGUAGCAGCGCACCCGAGAGGACCCCAUACCGCAGUGACGAAGCGGAGAAGCCCUUUCCUCAGCCAAAAUACUACGACGAAAUAAAAGGGGAGAACAUCACCCAAAUGGAUGAAGCCAACAAGCAGAGGUUUGCUCAGCUCCUGGAAGAAAGCCAAAUAGUAAACACAUUCACGGUAAUAAUUUUUGACAAAAAUGGGGUGAAGCUACACAUAGGGAAUGACAGCGUAAAGGUGGUGGGCAAAAGAGGGGCACAGAUCAAACGGGUGGUAGACAACGGUGAUGGGAGCUACACAGUUGAGUAUGUGGCCCAUUUUAAAAGAGAGGAAAAAACAAAAAAGAUGUUUGAUGAGGAGGUUAUAAAAGAAGUGCAAAAUUUUUACGACGAAUUGCUCAUACAGUGUAGUAGGAAAUAUAAGGAUAAUCAUUUAAUUGAAAUUUUUAAAAAGAAAUUCCAUCGGGAUAUUCCCAUAUGUUGCCAAAUUCACGUCUACAUAAACGAAGUUGAAAUGUUUGGGUCUCCACUAAAGCCUAUCAUCAUGAACAUCCCACAGAUUCUUCAUUUCUUCAAUUUAUAUUUCCAAUUCACCUACUCAGGGAUGCUCCUAAAAAGUUUUGAAAACCUCCUCAGUUGUAAUGACUACCAAGGGUGUGUGAGCACUCUCUCUUCAUUCUGUUCGUCCUUCUUUGGGGGGGGGGUGGACAAUGAGGAGGGGCACUCCAAGUUAGGACUGCCAAGGUUUGCCGAAUUGGUAUCCUCCAAAGGGAUUGACGAGAAGGUCAAACCUGAAAAAUUGUUCUUUCACAUUCCGCUGAACAUACGCGAUUUGAGGAAGGAAGCCCUCGCGGGUAGUGCCUCACCAGUGGGUGGAUUUCCCUAUGGGCAGACCAAAUGGGGGGAACAACAAAAGGGUGCAAAGGAGGAGAAGUGCGCAGAAGGGUCCCCACUACUGGGAGGAACAUCCCCCCAAACGAACGAAUCUUCCUUCAUGAAUGAGUGGCUCCACAUGCACAUGCUCAAAUCGAAGCUGGCGGAGAAGGAGCAGACGUACGAUCUGGGGAUGAACCUGGCGUACUCCCUAAGCAACAUCAUUUUGCACCACCUGGUGUACUUGAAGGAGUACAAAUUUUUUAUAAACGCGAAGCAGUAUGAAAAUGGCUUGCUGCAAAAUAACAUUCUGACUCAGUUUAGGAAGCUCCUGGAGGAGGAAUACAAAAAGAUGUUUGCCUACCAGACGAACAACAUCAUAGGGUACUGCCAGAAAAUUGGGAACGUCAAAUUUAGCAGCUUGGAAGAACUCCUAAAGGUAUAUAAAGGAAUUGCAUUCGAACUGAGGAAGCUGAAGAAGAACCAUUUGGCGGACGAAUUCGACAAGUGCUGUGAGCACAUGUGCCAGGAGUUGUAUCUUCACAACAUUGAGUCGAAUCUGCUGAGGAAGGAGGCCAUGCUGGAUAAGUACGAGCAAGUGAUCGACCAGAAAAUGGAAAAAGUGAGCCAAAUGAAGGAGGGACUCAAGAAGUAUCAACAGAAGGAGGUGGAUUUGGACCGGAUCUCCAAACUGUGUAGCGUCAAAAGGGAUAGAGCCAUCCAGACGAACGACUACCUGUCGUACAAGAACAGCUUCCUAAGUGCACUCAUCGAGUCGAGGAGGGAGGACCCCUCGGUGGGCGAAGCCCCAGUGAAAAGUGCAGAGGCGAACCCGCCUCAAAUGGAAGAGCCAAACGAACCGCUGAUGGACGAGCCAAACGAACCGCUGCUAGAGGAGUCACACAUCCGGCGCAUGGUGCGGAGGCACUGGAGGAACGCCUCCACCUACGACAUUUUUUUAAGCGUAAAAAACACCAUGAAGAACUGCCCCCGAUUGAAGACCUCCCUAGACGAAACGUUCAACUACUACAGCUGCAGCGUCAAGAGGGAUAACAAGAUGAAGGACUUCCAACUGAAGAAAAUGCAGGAAAUAAAAAUGGUGGAAAAUCUAGACAAUUUAAAAGGGGUAGACUUAAGUGAAGACCAUAACAACCUGCUCCCGCAGAACGAGAUGAGUAGCUUCCACCUGACGUACAACGCUUAUGUGGCUCUCCUAAUCGAUUUGCGAUGCAAUAAAUUCUUUGUUAACGAUUUGGAGAACGUCCUUUGGCUGUUCGAAAAAUUCUCCAUCCAACACCACUCCUUUAGGAAGCUUUAUAACCCCUAUGGGUUUUUGCGAGUCAUUCCAAAGUACCUCUUCAUCGCCUUCGUUAGAGAGCUGGCCUACUUGAAUAUGCUCUAUGUCAUUUGCGAAUGUGCCGUCACCAAUAAGGAGGAUGAGCAGAUACUCCUCAACACCAAUCACCCCUCUCGGCUCUCCUCGUUUCAUCACUUUGUCAAGUACCAUUUUGUUCCCUUUUAUGAGGAACUUAGCUUGGAACCCAAUUUUCAGAAUUUUAAGCAAAAUUUAAUAGAGCAUAAUGAGGAGGAGCUCCACCCGGAUAGCACCAGGGAUGAUACGUGCGAUGAUACGUGCGCCUCUGGGGGGGGGCGGGGAGGAAUCACUACCACUUCCCCCACGCAUGUACAUAUAAACCUCCUCGAUUUGGAAACCUACUUCAACAACGAGCUGCCCCUCCUCGUUCGGCACCGGAACUUCGAGAAGACCUUCCCCCUUCUGUUUGAUCACUACGCGGGUUUGUCUCCCCCGCAGCGGGCGUGCGAUGGGGCGGCCGCUCGAGGGGGGCUCCAGGGGGGGGAUAGCGCAGCUAACAGGGAUAACCGGGAUAACGCCGCUAACCCAGCCAACCUCGCCUACCAAGUGCCAGAUGGCGUGUCCACGACCGGCCCCGAGAAACACAUCUCCGUGGCCAUCUUCAUUCGAUUCCUGCGCGAGUUCGGCCUCAUCCCGCACUUCUUCAGCAACCAAAUGGCCAUACGGACGCUGCAGUCCUUCAUGCAAAAGAAGGGGAAGAAAAAACUAAACUACGAGGACUUCUCCCAUGCCAUCAUCUUAUCCCUCUGCGAAUGCGUAAAGAAAAACAUCUUCACCCAGUACAACCUGCUCAAGGGGAAUAAUCAGCUGAACUCAAAAAUCCAGACGGAGAAAAUUCUCAACCCGAGUUACAUUCAGUACGAGGCCAAGGAGUUAAUCUACCUCUUCGGCUUCGCUGACCUGCAGCUCGUGCGGUCGAAGCUGGCCGGGUAG